AUGCCACCGACUUUAAAGGCAUUAUACACCAGCCCUGAUAAGAGCUACAAUAAUUUCCGUUCGUGCGUUAGGACUUACAACAACACUUUUGCUUUUACUUUGCUUGGUAUUACACUGAGUACGAGAUAUGAUACCACUAUCGAAGUAAAUCCACCCGGACAACAUGCAACGGUUCUUAAUAAAUGGAAAGACAACAACUUAAGCGUUAUCUACAAAACAAUUGUAGACAAAACUUAUCUUGACUCUUUUCUCACACUCUCAAACGCAUUGCAACAACCAAAGUGCACCUUUGCUGAAAUUGACAAUGAAUUAAAGCAGAAACCAGUUGCAUGGGUUAGAGGGAAGCUUAGAAUGAAGAAUGUUGGUCCGCUUGAGUAUUAUAUUGGUUGCAAUUAUUGCAACAAGACAGUGAAUUCCAUCGAAGGAUUAAAACUCCAUUGCUUAUAUUGUGGCCAAACUGAUGGUCUCACUGUCAGGAGGUAUAAGUUAAAUGUUGAAAUAUCGGAUGGUUCUACAAUUGUGCAAGCUACUCUCUUUAAUCAUGAUGUGCACCGGCUAAUGUUGUUAGUUGGAAUUGAAAUGCCAACAACUGUUGAGGAAAGUGAAAUAUUCCAACAAAAGUUUGAUGCUAUUGAUUUUGUUGUGGGUCUAAGGAUAAAUGCUCUAAAUGAAGAUCAUCCAUCGACAUUGACUUAUUCAGUAGCAUGUAUUUGUAAGGACAUAACAACAGACAUUGGUGAACAACAAGCAACACCACAUGCACGUUCAUCCAACAUUGUGGAAGAAACUUUUAUGGUGGGCAAUCCAACAAAGAAAAGGCUAGACUUCGAUGAAUCAUCAAAACAUGCUAUUGACAUUCUAGAAGAUGCUACAAGUAAAGAGAAAUCAGUAAGUCUUGAUAAAGGUAAAAGGGCAAAAGUCGAUUAA